AUGCUAUCUGCAGCUCUAGUUUUAAUCGCACAUUUGGCUCUUGCAUUAGAUGGCAAAACCAUUGUAAGAAAACUUGAUUCUGAAGAAGAUGUAGCUGUGGCUCUUGCAAAAUACACAGCUAGUCUUUCGCAUAAAUUUACAAAAGAGAUGGGUUCUUUUUCCAUUGCACUCUCAAGAGAUACACUCAUCUAUACCAUGAGAGCAGUUCCAUUGACUGAUCCAUUGAGCAAUUACAAAUUAGCUUUUGAUGGUUUUCUUUCCAAGGUACCAAUUCAAAAAAAUAACGCCUACUCUAUACCCUACAAGAAUUCGCCAUCUGACACUAAGAAACUUGUCUUGGUCGAGAAGAUAAUCAUCCUUAUAUCAACAGAUAGAUUUCCAAUAUUCGACAUCAUUUUGAAUGGUAUCGGGUUCGACAGCCACAUAACAUCUCUUUUUCCAAACAGACCUCAGUAG